AUGGACGAAAAGUAUAAGAUUUUCAAGAGAGGACAAACCGUGGGCUAUGCUCCAGGAAGCUGGUCACAGACUCAACAGGUCGCUCUUGGGCGCACAAAACCCCACGGCCGGAUCAUCGGGGUCGACCUGCUCCCUGCGCAGCCCCCUAGUGGUGUCACGGCCUUCCAGGGAGAUUUUUCAUCACCCAUGGUACAAAAGCUUGUCAAGGACUUGAUCGUUGAACGUCACAAAGUCCAGCCACCGCCCCCAAAAAGCGAGGUCGACGAUUUGCACGAUGAGCCCGGGAGCCUAGUAUCUGAGCAGCUAAGCUACAUCGACAUGGAACGACAUGCUAGCCAAGAGUACAGUAACCAAGUUUCGACACAACUUGCACCAUUGCGGCUUGUAGAUGUUGUUCUGAGCGACAUGUCAGCACCCUGGGAACAAACUUCUGGCUUCAACACGAACACAAUGAGUAAUCCAUAUCACAGGCUUAUGAACACGAGCGGCAUGCCUUUCCGGGAUCACGCUGGCAGCAUGGAUCUCUGCGACGCUGCCCUGCAGUUUGCGAGCGACACUCUACGGCCAGGUGGGCAUUUUAUAUGCAAGUUCUACCAAGGCACCGAGGAUAAACACCUGGAGAAAAAGCUCAGGCAGCUUUUCGGCAAGGUGCACCGGGAGAAGCCCGAGUCAUCAAGAAGUGUUUGUCUACCUGUCCACCUCGAAAGAAUCUAG